AUGUUUCAUCCAGCUCCUUUGUCGAAAUGUGCAUCCUCUCUUAGGCUCCUGAGGCAGAAGCUGCGUAGCCACGCGGCUUCGAGGCAAGGCGAUGAAAAACAUUCGCUUCCCGGCCGGUUGAUUGACGUGUUCCUACGUACAUGGGAUCUGGGCUUUACUUCUUUCGGAGGGCCGCCGGUCCAUUUUCGCAUAUUGCAUGGGAGAUUUGUCGAGGGGAAAGGUGGGAAGGAGAAAUGGAUUGAUGAACAGACAUACCAGGAACUCUUCGCCAUCUGUCAAGGACUUCCUGGGCCAGCCAGCACGAAGCUACUAUUCUGUAUCGCGCUGCUCCAUGCUGGCUUUAUUCCAGCACUACUUGUGUUCUUUAUAUGGAGUCUCCCUGGAGCAAUUGGCAUGUACGCUCUCUCCCUCGGCGUCCAGAACAUCGGUGAAACCCUUCCUGCGCCUGUUUAUCCACUUCUCUCCGGCCUCAACGCAUCGACUGUGGGUAUCAUCGCCUUAGCAGCAGUGCAGCUGGCGGAAAAGGCGAUUAACGACAAACUGACCCGCAUUUUGGUGACUCUUGGUGCCUGUGCUGGCCUCUGUUACAAUGCACUAUGGUAUUUCCCGUUACUUAUGGUCCUUGGUGGGCUCGCUACAGUGGUCUGGGAUGGAUGGCUACACCAGAAAAUUCGGAGCUUCCGGUUGCACAGGAAACGGAAGAAUUCCCAUCCAGAAGCAGCGGAGGAAGCUGGGUCACCGCACAGUGUGCAGGUAGCGGAGUGUCAAGAUAAUGAGGAUGUACGUGGCGCAGAGGACAGCACGACGGUGCGGCCUCGGAGAACGAACGCUGCAAGUGUCAAUGUGCCUGAUAACAGCCCUGGCCCAAUUCCAACCCCAAAUCGGUCAACUGAAGUGGAUGGCUCGCAGAGUCAUGUCAUUCGCCUUAGAUUUGGAAUUAUAAUCGUUGUCCUUUUCUUUGCAUCAUUCAUCGCGGUUCUUGUAACGAGAGGGGUUCUUCGCGCACCGCCUCUGGCUCUUGACCUCUUUGCCAGUAUGUACCUUGCUGGAACUGUGAUCUUUGGAGGCGGCCCUGUGGUUAUUCCACUUCUCCGAUCAUAUGUCGUAGACCCCGGCUGGGUCUCGGGUCGAGAUUUCUUGCUCGGUCUUGCCGUUAUACAGGCAUUCCCAGGUCCGAACUUCAACUUUGCCAUCUUCCUCGGUGCAUUAGCACUACAAAAAUCGCCGUUUCCUACCAUAUUCGGUGCUAUUCUCGGCGGAUUAGGCAUAUUCUUCCCGGGAAUCACAUUAGCUGUUGCAGUACAAAGUUUCUGGACUGUGCUCCGUAAGAAGAAAUGGGUUACGGACUUUCUUCGAGGUGUUAAUGCAACUGCCGUCGGAUUGGUAUUUACUGCUGUUUACCGCUUAUGGGAAAUUGGAUAUCUAACGUCUCGAAUGACCAAUGGGCAGAGCUUGGGCAAGGAGCCUUGGUGGGUUGUUGUAGCUGCUGUGACGUAUGUUGAGAGUGCGUGGUUCAAGGUUCCACCGGCCCUUGCAAUCGUUAUGGGUGCGAUUCUCGGCCUUUGCUGGUAUGGCGCUGUUGGACGGUGA